UUGUGCUCUCCGUUUUUUCCCUAUUGUUUUUUUUUUUUUGGUACGUUCGACUUUUCCUAUGUACCUAAACACACACAGGCAUACAUAAACACAAAACACACAAACGUCUUUAUAUACCCACACACUAGUCCACUUUCAUACGCGCCAACAUCAACAGUAUUUUUUUUUAUUUUAUAAAAUAAUAUUACCAUAAUUAUUGUGCGCCGGCUUGACGUUUUUCUAUCGACUAUCGCGGUAGGUUUUUUUGCCGGUCUCGAUAAAACGAUAUACUAUUGAAAUUAUUAAUCGGCUGGAGAAAUAUUCAACUCGGUUCUUCGGUUUUACGGAUUUAUACGGCUGUCGAAUCCGGCAUGACAGCGCGCCGAUGACGAUGCAUAACGUAUACAUAUCAACAAGCCUUAACAAAUGAACGAAUAGCGGAGUUCUUAAGAAUUCAAAUGAAACAAAGUUAAUUCGAUUUUAAUAAGAAAAUGACGCAUACUAUACGUUAUUGAAAACAAGGUAUGGCAAAAGUGCAUCGUAUGGUACACCUUCAAGCCCUAUGGAUAUGGUGUUUCUGUGUCGUUCACGGAUUUGCCGAUAUUUCAGAAAAUAUUUCUACUACUUCGAGUACUACUGCACAAGUGACAAUGGAAGCGAAUUUGGUUGAUGAUAACGACCACCACCUUCAUGAAGCUGGAUCAAGGUGGUCUCCGUUGUUCGAGGACGGCCCGGGUCCUGUUAACGUAACCGCACGUAUAGGGUCAACAGUGCAAUUAGACUGCAAAAUUCAACUGCUCUAUGACAAAACGGUGACAUGGGUUCAUCGAAAAGCAGAUGAUAUACAGCUUCUUACCGUAGGACGACAAGUACACAGCUCUGACCAGAGGAUAUCGUUAAGUUUUAGAUAUCCCAACAAUUGGAGACUACAAAUUGUUUAUAUCACAGACAGGGACGAUGGUAUUUAUGAAUGCCAAGUGGCCACCCACCCACCAACAAUUAUGAAAAUCUACUUAAAAGUCGAUGUUCCCAUGAUACGGAUGUCGGUAACCGGUACGGGUGACGUGACCAGAGGUGGCAGCGAAGUGUUCUUCAAAAGCGGAAGCACAUUAGAAAUCGUCUGCAAGGUAGUCCAUGCCGGUAGCCAUAACGGAUCAAAGGUGUCGUGGUACAGAGGACGACAAACGAUUUCCAACGGAAUCGCCGAAAGAACAAACAGCGAUCCCAGCUGUACUACUAUAGUUUCGACCUUGAAGAUUAAGCACGUGCAGAAAAAACACUCUGGAAACUACACAUGCUUGGUUGGAUCGCAAUCAGCGUCAGCGGCGGUUACCAUUCAUAUUCUAAACGGAGAACAACCAGCAGCCGUACACGACGGCAAUUCAGCUCCAUUGGUCUGCUGCCUAGCCGGAUGGUGGCUACUGACCUUGUGCUGUCUGGCGCUAUCCAGUUGAUUCGUCGAAGGAUCCAAUGAAAAAAGAACAACCGACAUGUCGACCAGCCCUAUCAAAUUCGCAGCGAUCAUGCAGCAUCAAGUCCACGGUUAACAACAUUGUAAAUUUGCUUUAAUAUUAUAUAAUAAUAUUUAUCAGUAGGUGAUAUACAUAUACAAUAUAUUAUCAUACCAUAACAUAGUUUUAUCGUUUAAUGUAAGAGCGAGUCAAAAAACAACACUACACUGAGUAUGCCAGGUCCUUCCCGUAUAGCCCAUGUCCAUUGCGUUAAAUCGAAAAUUGACAAGUUUUUUUUCGCCAAAAUUAAACUUCCUAUUGUAAAAUAUUUCAGUGUUGUUUUAUAAACCAAACCCCCGUGUCUCUUUUUCCUUCAAUUGACCACUUAAAAUGUUACCAAGUAGCAAUACACCACCCUCUCCCCUUGACGUUAUUGUACUGUUAUAAAAACUAUUAAUAUGUAAUAUUUUAAAAAUUGUAAUUGAACGUUAAUAUAUUAUAAUAUUAAGUAAAAUUAUUGGUACAUAUUAAUUUUAUUUGUUACGUUUAAGGAGACUGACUCGUUGACGGUUCAAAACUUUUUUAUUAUAAUAUGUAAGCUUUAACACAUGUACCUAAACCUAAAAAAAUCUAGUAGUUAAACAGUUCCAACAUCUAAAUGGACUAAUAAUAUUAUUCAUAAAUUAAACUUCUAGUCCAACAAACUGCGACGUUUCAAAAAUAUCCAAUCGUUUGUUUACGUACAUAAAACUUUCCAGUUUUAAGAUUUAAAUUUGUGUAAAUCAUUGUUCUCAUAAGUUCAUAG